CCAAACCCCCGAGCAAAGCGCCAUCAUGGCCUUGACCAGCAUGCUGCGCCACCGUCUCUUCUCCCGGGCCGCCUCGAGCCACGCAGGACCGAGCCGCUGGACCUCGUCGGGGCAUCAGGAGCGGCCUAAUGGCUACCUCUUCAACCGGACUCCACCGCCCCCGGGUCAAUCCCGCAAGUGGGAGGAUUGGGAGUUGCCUUGCUACAUCACCAGCUUCCUAACGAUCGUCAUUCUGGGAGUAGGUCUCAAUGCGAAGCCCGAUCUCACCAUCGAGACCUGGGCCCACCAGAAGGCGCUGGAAAAACUCUCCGCCGAAUCGUCGUCGUCUUCGGAUUGAUGUGGUGGCUUUGCCUUCUUGGAUUAUAUGAGUACGGAUCCAUGGGACUUUCUGUUUUUAUAUUGUUGAUAAUGUGUAGUUGGAAUAAGGGUUUUCUUGAAUAUUGUUGGAUUUGGUGUUUUGAAGGGUUACUGCCUAAUUUUACUUCGUUUCAAAUGUUUUAAUUGGGUUUAUCCUUAAUCCUUCUAAUAUAGACGAAUUGUUCGU